UGUAAACUAACUCGAAUGAUAGAACACCCCUUAUGUUAACAGCCAAGGUCUGAUAUAGCCGCAAAGAAGAAAAAAAAAGUAUUAUCCAUGCAGGAGUGAAAUAUUUCAAGUGCCAACAAACUCCAUCUAACAAGUUCCUUCUUUAAGAUCAGGCCCCGUUCUCAGUUCUCUUGCAAGUUACAUGAUUUUAAGAUCUCAUACACACCUGUUUACAAGACUUCCACGUCUCCUUGCCGCACUCAGCGUUUCUGUGGCACCAUGCCACUCGUUCCCGCCCUCGUUCCUGCGAUCCAGCAGGGCCGCCCAGACCAAAGAUAAACGCUUCGACAAGAAGUUACGCAAGCACCAGUAUUUUGAACAGUAUAGUGCGUCUCCGGUAUCGACCAACUUUCCCUCCGUGCCCGUAGCGGAGCUUUUUGCCCCCGGAACGCAGUGUGAUUCCUGCGGCGUAUCCUUGCAGAAGGAUGUGCCAGGCGAGAGCGGCUACUUUGUGAUGCCUAGGCCGAAGACCAAGAAGGCAGUGAGACAUACCGUUUCGCAUCUUUCUGCAGUGGACCAACGAUUGUUGUUGAAUGCGGAUGUCUUUGAGACGGACGAGGAGUUUAUGAAAUUCACUAGCAGUACUGGUGAAGCCCCCCACCAAGUGACGGACGAGAUAGUCCGGGCAGAGGCGGCAGUUCAGGUAGCGGCGGGUGGUCAGAAGGUGACAUGCGAUACUCCCCACACACACGAAGCAUCAGCUCCGCCAAUGGAGUUUAGCAAACUCAUAUGCCUCCGCUGCCACGAUGCAGUUCACAGUAACAAAUUUACCCUCGAAGCCCCCUCGCCCAUGAAUGAAAUCCUCCGCAAAAUCCCACCUGGUUCCCAACUCGUCCACGUGAUCAACGCCUUUGAUUUUCCCCACGGUCUCUACCCUCUCGAGGACUGCGACUCGUGCGAAGUUAUCUAUGUGAUCAACAAAACUGAUCUUCUCUUCCCUAACGAGGUGAACGCCGCGACGCUCGGACACGCAUACUUUGCUAACGUGUUGCGCAACGCAGUUGGUGCGCGCGCAGAAAACGUCUUUGUUGCGAGUGCGAAGUGUGACUGGAGUGUGCGGCGCUUGGUGAAGCGACUCGGACCAGUUACUUAUAUUGUGGGCGAGGUUAACUCGGGUAAGAGCACGCUCAUCAAGACGAUUCUCAACCUGAGCUCCGCAGAGCAUCUCUGGGGCAUCCCUAGCAAGGAAGUUGGUCCUGGUGCGUCGUAUUUCCCUGGCUUUACCAAGGAGAAUAUCAAAUACAAGGUGCACGACAAGCUCACAUUGGUGGACGUGCCGGGGUGCGCACGCGCGGGUGCAGGGAUUUACGACUACAUGCAGCCCCGCGACAUUGCCGCGAUCGGGCGCGGCGAGAAGGUGAUCCGCAAGAACCAGUACCACGAGCGGUAUGAGACGGUGCGUGGUGGCCAGGCCUACUCGAUGGGCGGGUUUGCGUAUGUGGUUCCGCCACGCGGCGUAAUCGCGCAGGUGGUAAAACACAGCGCUGCACGUCAAUGGGUGUUUUCCGGGAUGGAAAAGGCGAAGUAUACGUGCGCGAAAAGGGAUAGGUCAAAUGAGAAGAUCUUUUCGGUUGGGGAGGAUUCGGUGGAGAAGCUCAGACGGUAUGUGAUUCCGCGGUUCCAUGGUUCAAUUGAUGUGGUGGUGAAGGGUGUGGGGUACUUGACGAUUAAACCGACAUCGCGUAAAACUGACAGCGAAGCGGGUAGUUCAAGAGAAAUGCCUGAUAUUUCUAAUACUAUUGCCACUCCCAGGGUCAUUUCUGAUAUUUAUGGCGCGUCCAGCACUUCCAGUGCCAGAACUUCCGAAAGUUCCUUUUUCGAAAUCUACGCCCCCGAACACGUCGAGAUUCUCAUCCGCGAACCCAUUCGCUUCUACAUCUCCAAAUCCCCUAUUGCUAACCAGAAAUAUGCCGUCUUCGAGCCCCGUAAGGAGGCUCAUCGCAACCGUAAGUUCGGCUACUUGGCCGUUCCCACUGAUAAAACCAUUUUCUCCGAGUUAGUCCCAGUGCCGGAGGCCUUAGAGGGAAAUUUGACGGAGUACGUGGAAAAGUACACUGAAGCCAAGCAGAAGAAGCGUGGGUGCUAUCUUACGAGCUUGGGCAAGACUGAAGAAGGGCACGUAGAAUACGGAUUGAAGCAUAAUGCGGAGUGGAUUGCGCCGUUCUAGCAAGUGCGGGGGAAAUGUUGCCUACUAAAUUGAGAGUAUUUAUCUUCAGAUUGAACGGAACCACUUUCAAACUGAGUGUAUUUGCUGUUAGAUUUACAGCUUUUUGUGAAGCAGUUCAGGGAUGCAAAACCGACUUAGAGCGCCGGCCAAAUCAUGUAAAUAGUAGUGAGUGGGUUGUUAGUUCGUCGAAGAUGGUGUCAUCCUGAUAGACAAACCAACGAUUUGAAAGGUAAGCAACAUAAUAUAAGUGACAAUAUGGUGCUAUAAGAAUGGGUCCGGAGAGAUAGAGCUUACAGAAUAAAAAUCCUCGCUUAUUGCCCAAAAUUCCCACAUGCGCGUGUAAAAUCAGCCGAUAUCUUUUAUCUCAUCAAUUCAUGGUUUGAACUACUGAAGAAGCGCUGUCGUUUCACAUUUUAGAUUUUUAGGGAUAACCUUUUCUCUGGAC